AUCGCAUGUAUGUAUGUAUUUACUUUGCGAGCGAAGCCUUUUGUCGAGACUACAGUACGUCAGACUUGACAAACAUUGCAAUGCCAUUGAUCUGGAUAUAUAGUUCAUGACAUGUCAAUGGUACGUUGAAAGCACGUGUAGACUGCUCAUGCAUGUACAGCUGUAGUAUAUACCCAGUGAUAUACAUAACACCGUUUAACCAGUCCAUUCCAACUCCCCCUUGUUUAACCAUUUGAUUGAUGUCUAAUGCUGUAGGAGCGAUUGCUACACGAGACAACAUGUCGGUACGAGUGGCAGUGGUGACAGGCGCAAACAAGGGUAUUGGUCUGGAGAUCGUUCGAGCUCUAUGCCGCCAUUUUGGACAAGAUGGCGUGGUUUACUUGACUGCACGCAAUGAAGGGCGUGGUCGAGCCGCUGUUGAGCUCCUCCAGAAAGAGGGACUCGAUCCCAAGUUUCAUCUUCUUGACGUCACUGAUCAAGCAAGCAUUGAUACGAUUCGGAAUCAUCUGGAAAAGGAACAUGGUGGAAUUGAUGUUCUAGUCAACAAUGCUGGUAUUGGUACAUCGAAAGACAACAGUUCGUUUUAUGAGAAGCAAUUCCGCGUCAUGGAAGCAAAUUUCUUUGGACUUCUAUCCGUCUGCCGGAGUCUCACUCCUCUGGUGAGGUCAGGUGGAAGGAUUGUAAAUGUAGCCAGCACGACAGGAUAUAUGGUGUUUAGAGAGCAAUUAACUGAAGAAAUUAGGAACAGAUUUCGACAAGUUAAGGAAGAGCAGGACGUUGUGAACCUCAUGAAUGAAUUUCUUGAGUAAGUAGAAUUGAA